AUGGUGUUGAAACGUGAAGCAGAUAUUGAAGGUCGAAGUAGAAGAUGGGGUUUUCCUAGAUUUUCUGGUGACUGUGCCAGUGGUAUGAAGAAGUAUCCUCCAGGAACAAUUUUAGAGCACAAGAGUGAUAUCACUGAUUCUUGCUCUCAGAUGAUACUUCAGCUCCACGAUGUCUAUGAUCCGAAUAAGAUAAAUGUCAGGAUUAAAAUUAUUUCUGGAUCACCUUGCGGAUCAGUGGCCGCAGAAGCCAAGAAAGGACAAGCCAGUUGGGUUGUUUUAGACAAACAUCUCAAACAUGAGGAAAAGAGAUGCAUGGAAGAGUUGCAGUGUAACAUUGUUGUUAUGAAGCGUACUCAACCGAAAGUGCUUCGUUUGAACUUGAUUGGAGCACAAAAGAAGGAAGUUGAAGAAGCUGGUACAUCACCUUCUGAGCAAGGUGAUAUACCUGAAAAACAGUCCGAAAACAAGAUGGAUUCUGUAGUAGAUUCUAUCAAAGGACCGAAUGUUACUCCGACUAGCAGCCCCGAGCUAGGGACGCCAUUCACCGCUACUACUGAAGCCGGUACUUCAUCAGCUUCAAGCUCAGAUCCUGGAACUUCACCGUUCUGUAUUCCAGAGAUGAAUGGUGAGACGAAGAGAGAAGAAACCAUUAAGGAAAGUCAUGAACUUUGUGAUACAUCAGACACAGAAAGUGAAAGUCUGUUGACAUCUUCGGCUAGCUUUAGAUACCAACCGUGGAUCACAGAAUUGCUUUUACAUCAACAAUCAUCUCAACGCAACGGAGAAAGAUCAGAGGCGUAUCAUGGUAUGCCUCAGGCAACUACAACCAAGGCUUUGCUAGAAAAGUAUUCUAGGCUUGAUAGAGGAGCUGGAAUGGAAAUGUCGGCAGCAUAUACAAAUGACUCGGAUUUUAGUGGUAAUUUAAGAGAAGCGAUAGCAUUAUCAGGAAAUGCUCCACUUGGUCCACCUCCAUUGUGUUCGAUAUGUCAACACAAGGCACCUGUUUUUGGAAAACCUCCAAGGUGGUUCAGCUAUGCUGAGUUGGAACUCGCUACCGGGGGAUUUUCACAAGCCAACUUCUUGGCAGAAGGAGGGUAUGGAUCGGUUCAUCGAGGGGUUCUACCAGAAGGACAAGUCAUUGCUGUCAAGCAACAUAAAUUGGCUAGUUCUCAAGGUGAUGUCGAGUUUUGCUCUGAAGUAGAAGUCCUGAGCUGUGCUCAGCACCGAAAUGUUGUUAUGCUGAUUGGAUUCUGUAUAGAGGAUAAGAGAAGGCUUCUGGUUUACGAGUACAUAUGCAAUGGAUCAUUGGAUUCACAUUUAUAUGGGAGACAAAGAGAUCCAUUAGAAUGGUCUGCGAGGCAGAAAAUUGCUGUUGGAGCUGCUCGCGGGUUAAGGUAUCUUCACGAAGAGUGCAGAGUUGGUUGUAUCAUCCACCGCGACAUGAGGCCGAACAACAUUCUCAUAACUCAUGAUUUUGAACCUCUGGUUGGUGAUUUUGGAUUGGCAAGGUGGCAACCUGAUGGAGACAUGGGUGUGGAUACUAGAGUAAUUGGAACAUUUGGGUAUUUGGCUCCUGAAUAUGCUCAAAGCGGCCAAAUCACCGAAAAAGCCGAUGUUUAUUCCUUUGGGGUGGUAUUGGUGGAGCUUGUUACCGGUAGAAAAGCUAUCGAUCUCACUCGGCCAAAGGGACAACAGUGCCUAACUGAGUGGGCCCGGCCACUGUUAGAAGAAUAUGCCAUUGACGAACUGAUUGACCCGAGACUUGGACGUCUCUAUUUAGAACAUGAAGUCUAUUGCAUGUUGCAUGCUGCUUCAUUAUGCAUAAGGAGAGAUCCUCAUUGUAGACCACGCAUGUCACAGGUUCUCCGAAUUCUAGAGGGAGACAUGGUGAUGGACACAAAUUACAUUUCAACUCCGGGCUAUGAUGUCGGAAAUAGAAGUGGUCGCAUUUGGUCAGAGCCACUGCAGAGACAGCAUCAUUACAGCGGUGCCCUCUUAGAAGAUUCAUUAGAGUCAUCAUUCAGUGGAAAGCUAUCUCGUGACAAGUACAAACCUUUCUAUUGGGAUAGGAGUAGGGACAAGCCUUAA